CUUCUCAUAGCACUUCCGGCCAUAGCGUAAAGCUUCGCUGCUAGACAGUGUGCGGGCGGUGCCGCGGCUCAGAACACCUGGUCUCUCGGCGCGCUGAUCUUAUAUUUUGGAUUCUGGGUAUAUUAUAAUGAGUGACACAUUGACAUUGGAUGUCAUUGGUCGAAGAGUUGAAGUUAAUGGGGAACAUGCAACAGUACGUUUUGCUGGUGUUGUCCCUCCUGUGGCAGGACCCUGGUUAGGAGUAGAAUGGGACAAUCCCGAGAGAGGAAAGCAUGAUGGAAGCCACGAAGGGACUGUGUAUUUUAAAUGCAGGCACCCAACAGGAGGAUCAUUUAUUCGUCCGAAAAAGGUAAAUUUUGGAACAGACUUUCUUACUGCAGUUAAGAACCGCUAUGUGUUAGAAGAUGAACUGGAGGAAGAUGGAAAAGAACAAAUUGUUACAAUUGGAAAUAAACCUGUGGAGACUAUUGGUUUUGACUCUAUUAUGAAACAGCAAAGUCAGCUGAGCAAGUUGCAAGAAGUUUCUCUGAGGAACUGUGCAGUAAGUUGUGCUGGCGAGAAAGGAGGAGUUGCUGAGGCAUGUCCCAAUAUUAGAAAUGUUGAUUUGUCAAAAAACCUGUUGUCGUCAUGGGAUGAAGUGAUACACAUUGCUGAUCAGCUCAGACACCUGGAAGUCCUUAAUCUCAGUGAAAAUAAACUAAAAUUUCCCUCCGGUUCAGCACCUCUAACUGGAACGUUUUCUGCACUGAAGGUGUUAGUCCUCAACCGAACAGGAAUAACUUGGGCUGAGGCCCAUGUGCGGUGUGGCAGCAGGAGGCAUAGCCUCGACAUGCAGAAAGACGCCAGCACAUUUGUGGACCUGUGCAUGCUGCAGAAAUGCCCCACCAGCAACUGUGUCAUCAGUGGCAAGGACCACGCAUCCACAUGGAUGAAUGUGGCCAAGGUGCUGCGCUGUGCUGCGGGGUGCCCAGGCCUUGAGGAACUCUACCUCGAGUCUAAUGAGAUUUUCAUUUCUGAAAGGCCAACAGAUGUUCUCCAGACAAUCAAGUUAUUGGACCUUUCCUCUAAUCAAUUGAUUGAUGAAAAUCAGCUGUUUCUGAUAGCCCACCUGCCCAGGUUAGAACAAUUAAUCCUCUCUGACAUUGGAAUUUCUUCGAUACAUUUUCCGGAUGCUGGAAUUGGGUGCAAAACAUCCAUGUUCCCGUCCUUGCAGUACCUUGUAGUAAAUGACAAUCAGAUAUCACAAUGGUCCUUUUUCAAUGAGCUAGACAAGUUACCAAGCCUGCGGGCUUUGUCCUGCCUAAGAAACCCCCUGACCAAAGACGACAAAGAUAGGCAGACCACGAGGCAGCUUAUUAUCGCCAGAAUUGGCCAGCUGAAGACCCUGAACAAAUGUGAGAUUCUCCCAGAGGAGAGGUGGGGAGCUGAGCUUGACUACAGAAGAGCUUUUGGAAAUGAGUGGAAAAAGGCUGGUGGCCAUCAGGACCUGGACAAAAACAGACUCAGUGAAGAAUUCCUCACAGCCCAUCCUAGAUACCAGUUCCUCUGCCUGAAAUAUGGUGCACCUGAAGAUGGGGAACUCAAAAGACAACCACUUAUGCUCAAAAACCAGCUACUAACACUGAAGAUAAAAUACCCUCAUCAACUUGAUCAGAAAGUCCUAGAGAAACAACUGCCAGGCUCCAUGACAAUUCAAAAGGUGAAGGGAUUGCUGUCACGUCUUCUCAAAGUUCCGGUGUCAGACCUUCUGUUGUCCUAUGAAAGUCCGGAGGAGCCGGGCAGAGAAAUUAAGCUCGAAAAUGACCUCAAGUCAUUACAGUUUUAUUCUGUGGAAAAUGGAGAUUGUCUGUUAGUGCGAUGGUAACAACCAACUAAUGAAAUUUAGAGACUACACUGCUUAUGUCUGGGGUUCACCAGAAAUAAAUGAUUCACUGGAACAAUUCUGUCAAAAAAAAAAAAAAAAGGGGGUUACUACUUGCCCUAAGUAUAACAAGGGAUGUAGUUUAACAAUGGAUGUAUUUGUUUUUGGGAUGCGACCAUUUCUAGGCUAAUACAUAAUAGCUAUAAUAAAGGCUUUGAACCUA